AGCACAUUAACGAGAGGAUAACAAGAUAUCAGGCAACUUUUAUACCCUUGCACUCUGCACCCCCUCUCCCCACAUAUCUCUCAUCUUGCAUACACUGCCAAUCUGUUCAUAUCGCCCCGCUAGUCACGCUCAUCACCAUGGCCCCUCACAAGAUUAUCAUUGACACCGACCCCGGAGUCGACGAUGUGCUCGCUAUCCUCCUCGCUCUGUCGUCGCCCGAGGUCGAGGUCGCGCUUAUCACUGCCGUGUUUGGCAACACGCACGCCCCAAUGACGUUCAGCAACCUGCUCAAGAUGUACUACAACCUGGGGCUCGAGUUCGCUGCCAACCCCGAGGCGCGCAAGCGCUUCCCCCUCGUGUCGAGCGAGAAGAAGACGCUCGUCGCUAUCGGCGAGAACGGACCCAUCGGGGGCGAGAAGCACGUCGCGACGUACUUCCACGGUCCUGACGGCCUGUCAAACAUUGGCGAGACGCACCCCGAGUUCUCGCCGCCCCCGAGCAAGCCAGAGGACGAGCACGAGUUUGUCAAGUUUGUGCCACGAAAGGGCUGGGAGGCGAUUCUGGACGUGCUCCGUGCCGAGCCCGCCGGCACCGUGUCUGUCGUUGCCUUGGGACCUUUGACCAACGUUGCCUGGGCCGCCCGCGAGGACCCCGAGACGUUUGCGCGCGUCGCCGAGGUCGUGUGGAUGGGCGGUGCGCUCGACGUUCCGGGCAACACCUCCCCUGUCGCCGAGUUCAACUGCUUUGCCGACCCCUACGCCUUCGCCUACCUCCUCGACGAGGUGAAGAAGGGCGCCUUCCGCUUGGUCUUCGCGCCGCUCGACAUCACGUCGCCCCACAUGAUCCCGUUCUCUGACCUCCUGCACCCUGCCGACGGCCCCACGAAGCCCACGCCGCUGCAGGCGUUCACGACGUCGUUCCUCACGCGCGUGCGCGGCCUGCAAGCCAAGUUUGGCCUGCCCGACGCGAUGGAGAUGCACGACCCCGUGGCGGUGUGGUACGCGAUCGGGAACCGCGGCAGCCCCGAGCUCGCCGCCGGCUGGUCGGUCAAGGGUCGGCAGUUUGCCGUCGAGCGCAACGGCGAGAUCACGCGCGGCAUGUGCGUCGUCGACCGCCGCGGCACCGACGAGUCGACGGGCAACCGCGCCGAGGACGAGGACCUCAAGGGCGCCGGCCUGACCAAGGAGAGCGCGGCGACGCUCGGCAAGGAGGACAAGGCGGCCAGCAGCGCGCCCCUGCCCCUCGUCAUCACCGGCACGCCGGGCACACCCGAGCUGCGCCGCCUGCUCCUGGGGCGUGUGUUUGGCACGGCCGUCUAGAUCUGCGCAUUGUGCGGGGUAUGCAUGCGGGGUG